AUAGCCUGGCUGAAUCUUCGCUUCUCGACUGCAGGAUCAACAGACUUGUCGCGCCUGGUACACUGGAACGUACGUCGCUCUUCAGGAUUGCAAAGAUGAGGUUCCGACUCCCUUCUUCCUUGAUGCCAGGCUCAGAAAAGCCUGAACAGGAUGGACACAAUGACCAAGGUCAUUACCCCGAAGACAAGCAGCCCAUGGACAAAGAAGCAACUUAUACUGGAGGCCCAACUCCUUCAGAGAGUGAUGGCGAGACUCCCAAAACUGAGCUUCAACAUGGUGUCGCCAGCGUGGAAGCCAUGACAGAAGUCUGGACCAGGAGAGAUCUACUCCUCGCCUACGGAAUGAUCUGGAUAGUUGAAUUCAUACUUGCGUUCUCCUCGGGUAUUGUUAGUACCUUGACGCCGUAUGUAACAAGUUCAUUUGAACUUCAUUCUUUGACCGCAACUACUGGCAUACUCGCCUCUUUAAUUGGGGGUCUUUUUAAGAUUCCCUACGCCAAAAUUCUCGAUAUCUGGGGCCGACCCCAGGCAUUCUUGAUCAUGAUUGCGUCUAUUACCCUCGGACUGAUCAUGAUGGCUGGCUGCAACGGCGUCAAGACCUACUGUGCCGCUCAAGUCUUUUACUCGGUCGGUUCGACGGGCAUUGAUUUUUCCUUGACCAUCUUCGUGGCCGAUACGUCAAAAUUGAGAAACAGAGCUUUCAUGAUCGCCUUUAUAUCAUCACCAUACCUAGCCACCACCUGGGCAUACGGACCAGCUGCGAGCAGCGUCCUAAGUACCAUUGGCUACAGAUGGGGCUUCGGGAUCUGGGCCAUUGUGCUUCCUGUCACUUGUGCACCACUCUGUGCGCUUUUCUGGUACAAUCAGCAAAAGGCCGCUAAGAUGGGUCUCAUCCCUGCCCGACCAAGCCGAGGCACAGCCUACGAGACUCUGAUUUACUACUUGAGAGAGUUUGAUGUCAUCGGUCUUCUGCUCAUUAGCACAGGACUGGCGCUUUUUCUGUUGUCAUUCAGCUUGUAUUCGUACCAAGCCAACGAGUGGCGCUCUCCACUUAUCAUCUGCUUCAUCAUCAUUGGGGGUUUACUCGUCAUCGCCUUCGGACUAUAUGAGAAGUAUCUUGCGCCUGUUACUUUCAUUCCAUGGUCCUUGCUUAAGAACCGUACCAUCAUCACUACUUACAUCAUGGCCGCCAGCAUCUACGUCGCCUGGUACAUCUGGGACAGCUAUUUCUACUCCCUCAACAUUGUCCUGUUCAGACAAUCAAUCACACAAGCGACAUACAUUGGCAACAUCUACACCAUUGGAUCCUGCUUCUGGUCUCUUGUUAUUGGUAUCUGCCUGAAGGUCAAUGGUCGCAUCAAAUGGUACGCGCUCUUUUUCGGCGUGCCCAUGACAAUCCUCGGUGUCGGUCUCAUGAUUCAUUUCCGUCAACCAGGGGUUCACAUUGGUUACAUUGUCAUGUGUCAGAUCUUCGUUGCCUUCGGCGGCGGCACCCUUGUCAUAGCUGAGCAGAUGACUGUCAUGGCUGUUUCUACACAUCAACACAUUCCUGCCGUUUUGGCCAUGGAAGGACUGGUGGCAUACGUUGGAAGCUCGAUCGGACAGGCGAUUGCCGCCGCCAUGUGGACCGGUAUCUUUCCGCAGAAGCUGUUAGAGUAUCUUCCAGCCAGUGCUCAGCCGGAUUUUGCCAGUAUCUAUGGUGAUUUGACGGUCCAAGCUAGCUAUCCUGUGGGAAGCCCAACGAGAAUUGCCAUCGACAAGUCUUACGGUGAUACUCAACGGCUCAUGCUGAUCGCGGCUACCAGUCUAUACACCAUCACUUUGGUUUCUACAGCGUUGUGGAAAGAUAUCGAUGUCAAGAAGAUGAAGCAGCGGGAGAAGGGCUUGCUCUAGAUGUUCUGCCACCUGGAUGGUGCACCGCAAAUGACGAAGGCUUUUACUACCCAUCAAGGUAGCCAUCCUCGUGCGACCAUUGAUAUUCAAACUGGACUACAAUACACUGACAGGUAAGGCCCUCGGGACUAUAAAGACCUCUGAGUAGUUCGUUGUCUCAAGGAAAGGGAAGCAAAUGAAUGGUUGCGAUAAUCUCUCACGGUAUAUUCUAGUAUAUAUUCCCAGUCGAUAAUAUAUUCAUUCCCA